AUGGCGGCUCUGGUCGCCGCACAGCCCGCCGGCAGAGAAAACGCGUUAUCUCGACCAAGGAUCCCGGGAUGGUGGAAGAUGGCAAAGGCUGACCCUGCACCGCUAUACUUUUACGAGAUGGGGGAGGUUGGGUGCAUUUCUCCAACACCUCGCAUUGCCGAUUGGCGCCAUCGCAUGCACACCGCCAUGCUUGAGCACUACAAGCCAGUACAACGGCAUUCCACCCCAAACUACAAUGUAUACCUAAGAGCAGCUGCGCUGGUCGCAGCCUUACUGCAGGAACUCACAGAUCGUCCUCAGCCUUAUGGAAGCUCGCCUUCAUUGCCCCCCGGCGAAGGCUUGCUACCGUCGCGAGACUGGCAAGAGCCAGCAGCAUAUGCUCAAGUAUUUACCACACCCGACCAACCUCGACCCUUAACCCCUGCCAGAACGUCUACGGCCCGAGUCGCGACAAUGGAUGCCAGUAUAGAUUUUGGAGGCACGUACGGCGUACAAACUAGGGGUAAGAAGAAGAAAGCCGGGAGGGCUGCCGCAAAAUGGCUUGAAUCAGACAACGAAGGAGACGGAAACGCUGCCGGCGAUGGUGAAGAUGGUGCUGGUGGAGGUGGAGAUCAAGCCGGAAGUGCUGGCGGCGCGGGCGGCGGUGAUGACAACAACAACGGCGGAGGAGGCGACGAGGACGAGUGGGACUUUGGUGGCAGUAAGAAGAAUAAGAAAAAGAAUAAGAAGAAGCAAGAGGAGGAGGAAAGGAAAAAGCAGGAGGAGGAGGAGCAAAAGCAGGAGGAGGAGGAGCAAAAGCAAAAAGAGGAAGAGGAGGCUGCGAAUCCACUCAGUUGGGCUGACGACGCAAACAACGCCGCGGCAGAGGAUGACUGGACAACAGGUUUCACAACGAAAAAGGAUAAAAAGAAUAAAAAGAACAAAAAGGGGGCCGACGAACCCCCACCCUCUGCUCCAGACCCUCCCGCAGGAGCGGCCUUCCAAGAUAUCAGUCUGGACGAUAGUGCCCCGAAGCUAGAAUUCAGUUUUGGUGGUACUGACAGCAAGAAGGAUACGGGAAGCUUUGGUACCUGGGGUAAAACAUGGGACUUUGGAUCCCUCGACACUGGAACGGCAAAAGCCGACGACAAGGCUUCUAAGAAGGAUAACGACAAAAAGGAAGAAUCGAAUGGUUUUGGGGACAACAACCCCUGGUCUUUUGGCAACAAGUCAAAAAAGAAGACAACCACCUCAUUGGGCUUUGAUUUUGGUGACUUGGAUUCCGGCGACAAAGGUUUCGCCUUCGACGGAGACGUUGGCGAAAACAAACCCACUGAUGAUGCGUGGGGAUUUUCCACUGUCAACAAGAAGGACAAGAAGAAGAAAGAUAGUGGAAUUGGGGAGACUACAGUGGUUGACCCGGGCUCCAAAGAUGACGACCUCCUCGGUGCUUGGGGAAAUUCAGCUGCGAAGAAAGAUAAGAAAAAGAAAGGAGGAUUCUUUGAUGAGGAUCCUGUUCCUCCACCUCCACCACCUCCCCCAGUAGAACCAGAGCCUGCGGCUGCAGAGGAUGAAUGGUCAGCUUUCUCAACGAAGAAAGACAAGAAGAAAGGGAAAAAGGGGGUUAUCGAAGAACCUCCUGCUGAUACAAAGGAAACUGCUGCUGACGUGGGAUCCCUGGACAACACCUUCGAAUGGGGCUUUGGAACAGGCAAAAAGGACAAGAAGGCGAAGAAGGGGGCAUUUGGCGACUUCAAUGAUAAUGACGAUCUUCUAGCCAUUCCUGCUCCUGCCGCUGAACCAAGCUUUACAGCCGACGACGGCGACGACUGGAUGUCUGGAGCAUGGGGAAAGAAGAAGGACAAGAAAGGGAAAAAAGGAGGGAUCGAAGAUUUAUCCGCUUCUCUCGACUUGAGCAAUACUGCUGAUGCUAAGACGACAACGAGCGAUGCUCCAGCUGCUGAUGAGCCCUUUACAGUAAAAGGCAAAAAGGACAAAAAGAGCAAGAAGGGGGCUGUUAUUGAAGAAGAGGAGCCGCCACCGCCCCCACCAGUCGAGCCGCCGGCUGAAUCGGAUGACCUUUGGUCCUCGUUUGGCAAAAAGGAUAAAAAGGGGAAGAAGAGCAAAGCCCCAAGUCCUGAGCCCUCAAUCUCAGAUCCUAUCGUUGAGGUCGAAACACAAGAUGAACCAGCUAAAGCACAGUAUGCUGACACUACUGGCUGGGAAAACCUCUCCGCCAAGGACCGGAAAAAGAAGGAAAAAGAGGCUAGGAAAAAGGGAUUGCUUCUCCCUGGCGACGAGCCUCAAGUGCCAGAGCCGGCUCCAGAACCAGUGCCUCCUGAGCCGGAAGUAUCCAUCAAAGGAGAUGACUCUUGGGGAUUUGGUGGUUGGGGAACCUCCACCAAAGACAAGAAAAGCAAAAAGAAGAGCUUCUUCGAUCUUGAAGAGGAAACCCCUCCGCCGCCUCCAGAGCCAGAGCCGGCUCUGAAAGAGGAGCCGGAUGCGGCAUGGACCUUUUCUAGCAAGGACAAGAAGAAAGGGAAGAAAAAGGGACUUCAGGACGUAGUUGAAGAGCCACCGGUCCCUCCUCCAGCUCCUGAGCCAGAAGACAAGGAAGAUGAUACUUGGGGAGCGUUUACAUCGAGCAAAGACAAGAAAAAGAAAGAGAAAGAGGCGAGGAAGAGCGGUUUCCUUGAUGUCCUCGAUGAGCCAGCCGUGCCUGAGCCUCAAGCUGAGCCUGAUGUCAAGGAUAGCGAUGUCUGGGGCCAAUGGGGUACUGCUACUUCCACCGACAAAAAGAAAAAGUCCAAGGACACGAAGAAGAAAGGAUUCCUCGAUAUCGACGAGGAACCCCUCCCGCCCGCGCCUGAGCCGGAACCCGUGCCAGUGGCAGACGUCGUAGAAGAAGAUAGUUUCUUCGGACUAACAGCAAAGGAACGGAAGAAAAAGGAGAAAGAGGCGAAAAAGAAAGGUAUUGCAGCUGCAAAUCCAGACCCCGAGCCUGGGCCUAUUGUCGAGCCGGAGCCCGUGGAAGAAAAGGCCGACGAUGCUUGGGGUUCCUGGGGAACGGCAAAAGACAAGAAGAAGGUCAGCAAGAAGAAAGAGCCUGAGCCCGAACCCGAGCCUAUUGUCGAGCCGGAGCCCAUAGAAGAAAAGGCCGACGAUGCUUGGGGUUCUUGGGCUACCUCGACAAAGGACAAGAAGAAGAGUGCUAAGGACUCUAAAAAGAAAGCUGUCGCCGAGGUCGAGGAGCCUCCUGCCGAAGACGACAUCUGGGGCGCAUGGGGAUCAAAAGACAAGAAGGGCAGCAAGAAGUCGAAGACGAAGGAGGAUCUUCCUCCCCCGGCACCAAGUCCCCCAGCUCAGGGUCUAACGCCGGAACCUGACCCGGUUGAGAUGUUGGAUGACGAUCUGGGUGGGGACACUUGGGCAGGCCUGACCAAAGUGAAGAGCAAAGCAUCAUCAAAAAAGAGCACGACUUCAAAGACCUCAACCGGGAAGGACAAGACGAAAAAGGCCAAAGAGGCCGAAGAGUCGUUUGACAUUGCAUUGCCCGACGAGCCAUUGCCAGAAGUGACUCCAGCCAGUGUUACAAAGAGCAUGUGGGGUUUCGGAGCCUCGACUACAACCGCCAAAUUAACCAAAAAGGAGAAGGAGGCCAAGGCUAAAAAAGAAGCGGAAGAGAAGGCCAAAGAGGAAGCGGAAGAACAGGCCAGAAAGGAGGAAGAGGAGAGGCUUGCUCGCGAGGCUGAAGAGGCAGCGAAAAGCUCCAAAAAGAAGGCCACCAAAUCGUCGAAGGCCGACACGAAAGUCAGCAAAGCCAAGGAUGCAGACGAGCUCUUUGAUAUGUUUGGCGAGCCCACGCAGGCAUCCAAGUCCGAAAAAGGGUCCAAACUGAAAAAGACACCGUCAAACAAGGAGGAAAAGGCUGAAGACAAGAAGGAGGACGACUAUUUUGGCUUCUGGGGUAGCGCGUCAACAUCGAAGAAGACAGCUGGCAAGAAGGAAAAGGAAAUUACCGAACAGGGGUGGCCCGAUCAGGAUGACGCGCUAGCCGACCUCUCGAGAGAUCUGGAUUCUGGAUUUGACUUUGAGAAACCCUCUUCUACUUCGAAGGCCGCAAAGGCAAUGAUCACCACCACCACAAAGACCAAAACAAGCUCGUCUGUCGCUGAUCGCAUCAAGGCUUUGGAGGGCAAAAAGGAAGAGAGCAAGAAGAAGCCCAAGGCCGAGCCGGUGCUGACUAAGGAGCUGCCUCCACCAGACGACGCGCCAUCGCCGAAAGAGGAAAAGACGAAUAUCGACAAGGCACCAGCCUCGAAGACGAAGACAGCCUCCGCCACCAAGACUGCGAAGACAUCCAAGACAUCCAAGAAAGACGCGUCUCCUGUCGCAGAGGAGAAGAAGUCAAAAGACUCCAUCCCCGGCAGCUUUCCUGGCGCGUUUGGCGACGACGACUUCGCCGACGACAUUCUCGACCUCGACAAUUCACCCACCUCGCCGGAAAAGCCCAAGGCUAAGGCUAAGGCUACCACUGUUGGGAAAAAGGCUAUCAAAUCCAAGACUACCACGCCCAAGGAGUCAACAACAGACGACAUCGGCCUGCCCGAGGAAGAAUCAGUGCCCAAGUUGCCGACCCCUCCCCCGGAAGACAAGAAAACUACCAAGAAAGAACGCCCUAGGGUAGAACGAUCCGCAACCACUUCUUGGGGAUUCUGGGGCGCAGCACCUCCUCCACCGAAGAAGUCGACCAAAGAAAAGCCAAAGGACGACGAGGACAUGCCGCCACCACCAAAGAAAGAGAAAUCACCAACCGGGCUGACUCGGUCGAAAUCGACUCGGACUCCAAAAGAACAAGAACAGGAGGACAGGAAGGAAGUUGAAAAGCUCUCCAAGUCGUCUGGAUCUGACAAAGAGACCAAAUCCAAGAAAACCGAGAGACCGAAGGCUGCUCGCGGUACUUCGUUUUCGAACUUCAUGUUUGGUGGACCACCGCCAUCGUCUAUGCCGCGUUCGAAGACGACCACCAGUCGAAGACCAAGCAGCGCGACCAGUUCAAGGCCUUCGUCUCGGCGUCAAUCCAUUGAUGGCUUCGCGUCCCCGCCGCCUGAGGAUGAACCCCAAGUUACAGACAAGGCAGCCAAGCUCAUGGGGAUCAAAUCCAGCAAGGUCGAGCGCCGUCCAUCAGUGAAGAGGAGAUCUUCAGCCGUUCCAGACCCGUAUCCUAUCGACGAUGAUGACAUGGUAAUGAUCCAUACCAAUGACAAUCCUCCGCUUGUGAAUAGUGUAUCACUACCAGAAAAUACAAAGUCCAGGUCUUCCAAAUCAAAGAAAGAGGUAGGUGCACAAGCCUCCUCCAAGAGUCUGGGCCACGUUUUCCGCCCGUCCUGGUCACCGGAUUUCAUUAAGGAAGUUCAUGCUGACGGACGGGUUUCCUACACGCAGAUCAAGUCACACAGCAAAAACAUCUCCCACGACGACGACGUUGUGAUGGUCGAGAGCCCAACACAUGCAGACCCAUUAGUCACAAGCGGACCCGACGACAUGGCGUUUGUGGAUCAUCCGCCCGCUUUAAAGAGAAGCAAUACUGCCCCCAGAAAAUCGACAGGACUUUUCGGCAGCUUCUUUGCCAGUUCUCGCUCCUUUGAAGGAGAGCGACAGCGGCACCGGAGCCAAACUCUGACGGAUGCAGAAGAUCUACCCAUCAGGACCAAAGAUAAAUCAAAGAGACGUUCCCGAGCUAUAGAUGGGGAUGAAUUCACCACCGACGCGCCAGCUGAAACGGAUGCCGAUAUGGAAGCUCGACGUGCUGAAAGAAGAGCUAAACGCGAAGCGCGUGAUCAUGCCGAAGAAGCCGAUCGCGUCGAGCGUGAGCUGAAACGGAAGGAAAGAAGAGAGCGUGAAAAGGCGGAUCUCGAAGCUCGUCAACGCAAAGCUCGUGAUCGUGAAAGACGAGAACAAGAGGAAGAAGAGAGGCGCCGUGAAGAAAAGCGGGCUAGACGCGCCGCCAGAGAAGCACGCGCAGCACAAGAAGAGGCCGAGGCAAACGCAGAAGCGGACCGCCGGCGGGAAGAGCGCCGGCGACUCCGUGCUCAGCUUGAAGCUGAGCAAGGAGUCAAUCGCGAUGUUUCGAAAGAUGACCGUCGCAGAUCAUAUUAUGCGGAAGAAGAAAGAAGAAAGCGGAAAGAAGAGCGGAAGCCCAAAGACAAAGACAGAGAGCGAUCGAGCCGCAAGCGAUCCAGCGUCCUUGUUGAAGAAUACCACGAAUCUCGAAGCGGUAGUGGUAAAGGAAUUUCACCUCCAGCCAACAAGACUAGCUCAUGGGUCGAUUCUCAAGCCGACGAGCCACCUGAUCUGCCGCCUGUUGAGGGCACAAUUCUCGAUCCGAGUGGCGAAAAACCACGAGCAGCGGACGAGGGGUCCGGGCCUAAACGCAGCAGUCGCCAUCGUGACAAAUAUGCCGGCAUGACGGACGCAGAAAUCGAAGAAUACCGUGCUCGCAGGAAGAGCUCGCGUCGCGCGGAGGGCAAGUCAGCCAGUGGCGGCAGUGACGAGCGAGACAAGGAGCGAGAACGCAGAGAACGACGUCGACGCAAAGAUCGCGAUCAGGAUGACGGUCGCGGCUAUGGCUAUGACGAGGCGCCUGUCAAGACUUGGGACGGGCGUCCGGCACUGGGUGGGAGGAACGACAGCAAGAGAAAGAGCUUCCUCGGAGGUCUUUUCUGA